AUGGAACCAGCUGGCAGGGUUACUGUAAAGGCCUUAACCCCGCUGGAUAGGGAAGUCACUGACCUCUGUUCUACUGCUCAGAGUUCUGUUACUAACAAUGCUGGACAGUACAAGCCUGAGAACUCACUACCGGACAAGUACAAAGCUCCGCGGAUUGAAGUGGUACCGGAUGAGGACAUGGAUGCUGGCAAGGAAGAAUGGCAGGUGACGGAGGCUGAGUUGGAGGAAUGGCUCAGGGAAGCCUGUAUGCUCCGCAGAGAGGAGACCAGCAAACGGCAAGAAGAGCUUGAAUGCAGGCAGUGGGAACGGCAAAAGGUUUCGGAUAAGGAGGAGGAACAAUGGGAUACAGAGUAG